AUGGAAGACGGAAAAUAUGUCGACGGCAGCAUCUUCAUCUACGCCCCUAAUAAGGGUGCCCCGGUGUUCUUCGCUGUGGGCUUUUUCGCUUCGCUGGUAUUCCACUUCUGGCAGUGCGUCCAUUACAAGAGCUGGCGCCUGACCGGCCUCUACGUCUUCUCCAACACACUCUUUACGGCCGGCUACAUACUCCGCGAAGUUGGCGCCUUCAACUACGGGAAUGUCGACGUCUACAUUGCCUCCACCGUGCUCAUCUACGCCGCUCCGCCGCUGUUCGAGCUCGCCAACUACGUUGUCCUCGGCCGCAUCCUCUACUACGUGCCCCAUCUCUCGCCCAUCCACCCGGGCCGCGUCCUGUCCACCUUUGCUGCCAUCUCGUCUGUCGUCGAGGCCCUCAACGCCAACGGCGCCGCCUACAGCGCCAACAGCAACCUGCCCAAGAGCAAGCAGGACAUGGGCCACGCCCUGCUCAAGGCCUCGCUCAUCCUGCAGCUCGUCGUCGUCGGCCUGUUCCUCCUGCUGGCCAUUGUCUACCACCGCCGCACCCUCAAGAACAACAUCCACAACAAGAAUCUCACCAACGCCCUCACCACGCUCUAUCUCAGCACCUCGCUGCUCCUCAUUCGCACCAUCUACCGCGUCGUCGAGUACUUUAGCAUCGACACGCUGCACUUUACCGACGGCGUCGACCCCAGCACCUUCAGCCCCAUCCUGCGCUACGAGUGGUUCUUUUACGUCUUUGAGGCUUCGCUGAUGUUCACAAACACCUGGCUCCUCAAUUUCCGCCACCCGCGCCGCUACUUGCCCAAGUCCACCAAGACGUACCUGUCCCGCGACGGCGUCACCGAAAUCACAGGCCCCGGCUACAAGGAGGAACGCAACUUCUUGAUGACCAUCAUCGACCCCUUUGACGUGAUUGGCCUGCUCCAGGGCCGCGACAAGAAGACGGCCUUUUGGGAGCAGCAGGACCAGCAGCUGCAGCAACAACAACAACAACAACGACAACAGCCGCACUCCUCGCACGGCGACAAGAUGCCGCUGGCUGCCAACGGCCGCCACGGUCCCAAGCCGAGCAACGAAGAGGAUCUGGAGGUCGGUCUGUGA